CAGAUGAUAGUGGGUUGACUGCACCUGUCCAAUGGCUUCAGUCCUACACACAGAAGUUGCGAAGGUCCUGUAAAAACCAAACCUGCCUCCGUUCUGUGAGACAGCAGACUGUAGUACAAACUGAUCCGGGGAAAAUAAGGAUUGAGUGAGAUCGCCGCUGUGGAUCGUGGACCGGAGGAAAGAAAUGUAUCAGUUAUGCGCUACAGGAGCUAGAGAUCGAUACCGAGCCGGUAAACUGUCAUGAUUCCCAUCACUGAGUUGCGCUACUUUGCUGACACGCAGCCGGCGUACCGGAUUCUGAAACCAUGGUGGGACGUGUUCACAGACUACAUCUCCAUCGUCAUGCUGAUGAUUGCUGUGUUCGGAGGCACACUGCAGGUCACGCAGGACAAAAUGAUUUGCCUGCCAUGCAAAUGGGUCAUCAACCAGACCUGCAGACAGCCCUACGAUAACACGACACUGGAUACUGUACCCAAGGGCAUCCAGUAUGACCUCGACCGGCACCAGUACAACUACGUGGAUGCCGUCUGUUACGAGAACAGACUCCACUGGUUCGCCAAGUACUUCCCGUAUUUGGUGUUGCUGCACACGCUGAUUUUUCUGGCGUGCAGUAACUUUUGGUUUAAGUUUCCGCGGACGAGCUCGAAGCUGGAGCACUUUGUGUCUAUUCUGCUCAAGUGUUUCGACUCGCCGUGGACAACGCGUGCGCUGUCUGAAACCGUGGUGGAGGAGAGUGACUCGAAGCCGGCUGGAAAGAUGAACGGAUCGAUGGAUAAAAAGACUUCUAGCGUGAGCGAACAGGACGUGGAAGCGAGCGUUCCCAUGCUGCAGAGGACCAAGUCACGGAUCGAGCAGGGGAUCGUGGACCGCUCGGAAACCGGUGUCCUGGACAAGAAAGAGGGCGAGCAGGCCAAGGCUUUAUUUGAAAAGGUGAAGAAGUUUCGUAUUCACGUGGAGGAGGGCGACAUCGUCCACCGUCUUUACAUUCGUCAGGUGAUCAUCAAAGUCUUCCAGUUUGUCAUCAUCAUCUGCUACACUAUGUACUACGUUCAAUUCAUCAAGUUCAGCGUAAGGUGCGCCGUGGACAUCGAGCGGCUGACCGGUUACACCAUGUACCUAUGUGCCCAUCCGUUGGCCACGCUCUUCAAGAUCCUGGCCUGUUUCUACAUCAGCCUGGUGAUGGUCUACGGCCUCAUAUGCAUGUACACGCUCUACUGGAUCAUCAGUCGCUCGCUAAAACGCUAUUCCUUCGAGUCCAUCCGCGAGGAGAGCAGCUACAGCGACAUUCCCGACGUGAAGAACGACUUCGCCUUCAUGCUUCACAUGAUCGACCAGUACGACCCGCUAUACUCCAAGAGGUUCGCUGUGUUCCUGUCGGAGGUUAGCGAGAAUAAACUGAGACAGCUGAACCUGAACAACGAGUGGACGCUGGAGAAACUCCGGCAGAGGAUCACCAAGAACUCGCAGGAGAAGCAGGAGCUACAUCUCUUCAUGCUCAGUGGAAUUCCAGACACCGUGUUUGACCUGGUGGAGCUGGAGGUGCUGAAAUUGGAGCUAAUCCAGGAUGUUACAAUCCCGCCAAUCAUUGCCCAGAUGUCUAAUUUAAGGGAAUUAUGGCUUUAUCACACCCCAGCCAAAAUUGAAGCCCCUGCUCUAGUCUUCCUGCGGGAGAACUUAACAUCUCUCCACAUAAAGUUCACAGACAUUAAAGAGAUCCCGCUGUGGAUCUACGGCCUGAAGAACCUCGGCGAGCUUCAUCUCACUGGAAACCUCAGCGCUGAAAACAACCGCUUCAUCGUCAUCGAUGGCUUACGUGAGCUCAAGAGGCUCAAAGUGCUGCGAUUAAAGAGCAACCUAACCAAACUUCCUCAGGUGGUGACGGACGUCGGCGUGCAUUUAAAUAAGCUGUCUAUCAACAACGAAGGGACCAAACUGAUGGUUCUGAACAGUCUGAAGAAGAUGAUGAACCUGACGGAGCUGGAGCUGGUCCGCUGUGAUCUAGAGAGGAUUCCUCACUCUAUAUUUAGCUUGCACAAUCUACAGGAGAUCGACCUGAAGGACAACAACUUGAAGACCAUCGAGGAGAUCAUCAGCUUCCAGCAUCUGCACAGACUGGUGUGCCUCAAACUCUGGUACAACCAAAUCGCCUACAUCCCCAUCCAGAUCGGCACGCUCACCAACCUGGAGAGACUUUACCUGAACAGGAAUAAGAUCGAGAAGAUCCCCGCACAGCUGUUCUUCUGCAGGAAACUCCGGUUCCUGGACCUCAGCCAUAACAACUUGACCAGCAUCCCUCCUGACAUCGGCUUCCUUCAGAACCUCCAAUAUUUCGCAGUUACUGCUAACCGAAUCGAGGUGUUGCCACCUGAACUCUUUCAGUGUAAGAAGCUGCGGACGCUCAAUCUGGGGAAUAACUGCCUUACGGCGCUGCCGUCUCGAUUCGGAGAGCUAACGGGCCUGAUGCAGCUGGAGCUCCGCGGGAACCGUCUGGAGGGUCUGCCGGUGGAGCUUGUCGAAUGUCGCCUUCUCAAACGCUCAGGGUUGAUCGUGGAAGAAGAUCUCUUCAACACCUUACCACCUGAGGUCAAGGACCAGCUGUGGAAAGCUGAUAAGGAACAAGCCUGAAUCGGACAAA